AUGGCUACUCUGGCAGCAGACAUGUCUUUUGAUUUCACAUUCCCUUCAUGCGAGCCAGUCACGCCGCCGAGCUUCAACUUUGACCCGUCUCUCCUUGAAUUUUCAUAUCAUCCCGGACAUGCUCGCUCAAGCUCGUAUGGAUCCUUCUGCUCUACUGCCGAGACGUCGCCCCCCGACUCGGUCAGCACGCGGGUUUCUACCCCGUCUUGCUCACCACCUCCAAUCCGACAACAUGGACCCAUUCUUCUGCCCAAGAUCCGCUCUCAGGACCAGGCCAUCGACUCGCCCGCCAAGCGCGUCAAGACGUCGCCUGCUCCUACACCUAAGCCUAGCCGCCGUGCAAGCUUCCGCCCUUCGCACACACGGAGCUACACUAACCCGGAGACCCUGCACCACUUCUCAAACGCAUUCUUUACGUCCCAGGAGGAUCAAAAUACUUUGUCUCAAUCGCUUCUAUGCUCUCCCAUUACCUUCCCUCAAGAUAACAUGAACCAGCCUCGCCGCGCCUCAGCUGUCAGCCUCGACGGUGCAACGCUUGAGAAGUUCGGCUUUCCCACUUACCGUCAGAUGCCGUCGUACAUCUCGGCUGUUCCCCAACCCCAGAACGAUCAGUUCUUCUACAGCUACGCGCCUCGCGCCCCUUCUCCAUUAAGCAUCUCUUCCACACCCACACCUGAUCCUACCCCAUCCACCACUCUCAUGAACUACCUCACAACAUCCAAUCCUGCCCCGUCACUGGUGCGGACCAUCUCGUUCCCGAUGCGAGACCCUCACACCAAGCACUUCUGGUGGGAUGUUCGCCAAGUCCGAUCCUGGACAAGCUUCAACUUGAAUACCAUUCUUUCUCUCCCCGGUGCAUCUGGACUCCUAGACUGCCCGGUCCCACAACCACUCCUCCCCCAGCCCCCGACCGGUGCGCGGCACCCCGAGACGGAGGCCGCGCUCCACGCCAUCUACGCCUCUUACUACAUUCCCAAGCUCAACUCGGCUCUCGCGCUUUCCUCUCAGCGACCCGUGCAGCUCUCCGUCCCCUCAUCCAAAGCUACCAUGGUCACCGCGACGACCAGCUCGUCGUCUUCCAACGACCACGUGUUCGUGGCUAACGUCGCUGGCGAGUCCUCCACGGCGGCGGCCAUCUUCGGCGGCAAGCCGACGGCGCGCGUCGUCGGCCUCGUCAAGUCGUUCGACCGCUUCAACACGGGCAUGCGCGUCGAGGGCAACAUCAAGCGCGUCGAGUACCUGCGCGGGCUCGCCCACCUGCACCACGCGAUGCGCGAGCACGGCACCCGCUACGGCUUCAUCCUCACGGAGAUCGAGCUCGUCGUGUGCCGCAACGGCGCCGAGGCGACGCCGCACUUCGGCUUCCUCGAGGUCGCCAGCGUGCAGCUCGCGGCGACGGCCGAUUCGUCGCCCCGCGACGAGGGCGACGAGAUGCCGCUGACGGCGUGUCUUGCGCUCUGGGGCCUGUGCGUCAUGGCUAGCGACGACGGCGUCAACGGGCACGGCCUGGGCCUGGGAUUGGGUCUGGGACUGGGGCAAGGGCACGGCCAGGGCCAAAGCGGACAGGCGGUGGUCCCCUGGAAGGCGGGGAUAGGCGCCCCCGCGGAGGGCACGAGGAGAAAGGCGCUGCCGAGGGACGACUGGAUGCCGCAGCCGCAGCUGGCGGAGAAGCGGGAGGCGAAGCGCGCCCGGGGCUGGGUUUUCCCCGAGGAGCCGGUGGGGCGGAAGGAGCUUGGGAAGAGGGGGGUGCGGUACGGCGGUUGUUAA